CCCCAAAUUCUCAGAAAAAACAAAAGAGAAAAAAAAUUUCGGAUUAGGGCUUCGAUUCUUCUCCCGAUUCGAAUCGGGAGUUCUCCUCGCGCAUACUACGUUUGAGGAUUCGUAGAGAUCAGAGACAAUGUUUGGCCGUUCAGCAAGGAGGAGUAAUAAUACCAAGUAUUAUGAGAUUCUUGGAGUCCCGCAGAAUGCGAGCCAGGAUGAGUUGAAAAAAGCUUAUAGGAAGGCCGCCAUCAAGAAUCAUCCGGACAAGGGUGGUGACCCAGAGAAGUUUAAGGAGUUGGCUCAAGCUUAUGAAGUUCUGAGUGACACCGAAAAGAGAGAUCUCUAUGACCAAUAUGGAGAAGAUGCACUUAAGGAGGGAAUGGGAGGGGGUGGUUCUUCUCACAGUCCUUUUGAUAUCUUUGAACAAUUUUUUGGGGGUGGUGGUGCUUUUGGUGGUGGGAGCUCAAGAGCUCGUAGGCAGAGGAGAGGUGAUGAUGUAGUACAUACUCUGAAAGUAACUCUGGAUGACCUUUACAAUGGUACAUCAAAAAGGCUGUCAUUAUCAAGAAAUGUGCUUUGUCCAAAAUGCAGAGGGACAGGCUCAAAGAGUGGGAUAUCAACUAAGUGUCAUGGAUGUCACGGUUCUGGGGCAAAGAUAAUGACCAGGCAAAUUGGCCUUGGCAUGAUCCAACAGAUGCAAAUUGCUUGCCCAGAUUGCAGAGGCUCUGGCGAGGUGAUCAGUAACAAGGAUAAGUGCCCACAGUGUAAAGCCAGCAAAAUUACUCAGGAGAAGAAAGUAUUAGAGGUUCAUGUUGAGAAAGGCAUGCAACAUGGGCAGAAAAUUGUAUUCCAGGGACAGGCUGAUGAAGCUCCAGAUACUGUAACUGGAGACAUUGUAUUUGUGCUGCAACUGAAGGAGCACCCCAAGUUCAAGCGCAAGUUCGAUGAUCUCUAUGUUGAACAUACCCUUAGUCUGACUGAGGCACUUUGCGGCUUCCAGUUUGCUCUUACCCACCUUGAUGGUCGGCAGUUGCUUAUCAAGUCAAAUCCUGGCGAAGUUGUGAAACCUGAUCAAUACAAAGCCAUUAACGAUGAAGGAAUGCCGCAUUACCAAAGGCCCUUCAUGAAAGGUCGCCUAUUCAUUCACUUCAACGUCGAGUUCCCUGAUUCCGGCUUCCUCUCUCCUGAUCAAUGCCAUGUUCUGGAGGCAACACUGGCACCAAGAACUGGUAGCCCUUUGACUGCAAUGGAAUUAGAUGAAUGCGAGGAGACCACUCUAUACGACGUCAGUAUAGAGGAGGAGAUGAGGCGCAAACACCAGCAACAUCAGAAUGAAGCCUACGACGAAGAUGAUGAUGACGAUUCAGGCCCUAGGGUACAGUGUGCCCAGCAGUAAGUUCGAGCAAUUAUAUAUAUAUAUUAUAUUCAUAUGAUAGAAAGCCAUACCUGGUAAACUCCAUUGUUAUAGUUGGCUAUUCAAUUUUAGUCUUAUUUUCCUAUAAUGCAUUUGAACCAGUAGAUAGAUAUAUUUUUAAUUGUUACCUUCAUAAUAAUUCACAUUGCUUUUUGAGUGAAGUCUUGGUGCAAAAUUGAUUGAAAGGGUGGUUGUUAAAACAAACAAAAGGUCACAUUGAUGAGCUUAUGAAAUUUGUUGGGAUUAAUUGAUAGGACUGAUGUUGGUCAGGACAAAGGUCAUGGUGAUCUCCGUGGACCUUACAGUACCCUUUCAUUGUUGUCUCUAUUAUAUGUGUGGCCCCAAACAGUGAUAAUGUCCAUGAUUAAAUCUAUGGUCCCCAUGAAUCUUCAGCCUUGAGCAAAUCUCAUGUUCAUAGGAAUUGACUU